AUGUCGCUAAAUCAACUAAGUCCAAUUGCUCAAGCGGAACUUGAAACUGGAACUACCACUCGCCCACCAAAGUUAAAAGGGGCGGAAGACUUUAGCACUUGGAAAACCCGAAUUCAAUCGUUCUUUGAGUACACGGACUACAAUUUGUGGCUCUAUGUUACCGCUGGACCUCAUAUUCCAACGGUAGUUCGAGGAGAUGCAGUAGUUGCUAACAAUGACGCUACUACCUUCACUGAUGAAGACAAAGCUCUCAUUCAACGUGAUCGUCGCGCACACGCUGCUCUAACCAUGGCUCUAUCAACCAACGAUUGCAACAUGUUUGAGGAGCACCGAACUGCAAAUGCACUCUGGAAUGCAUUAAUCGAGUACUAUGAAGGAAAUGAAGAACUGAUCGAAAGCAAGAGAGAUAUGGUGCAGAAACAAUACGACAUGUUUUGCGGAGUUCGUGGAGAAAGUCUUUCUGAUCACAUCAGUCGCUUUUUGAACAUGAUGACCAAAAUGAAGAAGGCAGGAAAUCCUGUUACAAAUCGUGCUGCAAUAAAGAAGCUGCUUGAUUCACUCCCCAAGGAAUGGAGCCUACAAUGCAUGAUGAUCAAGAAGGAUUUCCUCAACAAUCCUAAUCCUGUCACUCUGUCAGAUCUGAUCAACACCCUAAGAGCCUUUGAAAUGGAUGUUAACAAAAGAGAGAUGAACACUGCUGGAUAUCAACCUAAGUCAACUCAACCUUCAGCUGGAUUGAAGAAUGUGGCAUUUCUCGCUUCAGGGGGCAUCACUCCACAAGCUUCUGACUUAAUUUACGCGAACGCUUUCGCAAGCGCAUCUAAAGCCCCACAACUUGUUGAGAAGACCAUCACUGUGGAUACUCAAGCGUUGAAAGUAUCCACUGAAAAUGUGGCACUCUUCAACACAUUUCUGAGCAGCUACGAAGCCCUAAUGUCUGGGGAAUUGAAAAAGGAGAUGUUCACUGCUGAAGACAUGUAUCAGAAUCUAGGACACUUCAAGCGCGAUUGUCCUCUGUUAAAAGAAGGAAACAGUGAAACUACUCCUGCUGUAAAGCAAAUCACAGUUGAAGAGAACAAAAACAAUGCGUCUCCCAGCACGCCAAAAGCUUUAGUCGUUGAAGACUAUGAUUGGAGUGAGGAAAUCACUGAAGCAAAGGAGCAAGUUAACAAAGCCCUGAUGGCCAAGAUCUCAGGUGAAUCAUCUGCAAGGCAGUUUGAGAAGCAGACAGCUGGAAUUCCGACUGGAGACAAUGCUGCUGACAAGGGAUUGAAAAGCAUUCUUACUUCAGUGGAGACUUUUUCUUGUGAAUCUCCUGUAUUUGUGCCAGAAUUAAAAAGGAAUAGCUUUGGAAAAUUCCUUACAAAGGAAAUUCCCGAAUUUAUUCCUUCUAGAACAGGUAUGACAGAAUCAGAAAGGAGCGUCACUGAAGACCAAGAUAAUGAAGAUUCAAGCGUCACUACCACAGAAGACGAACAAACAUCAGAAAGUUCAACUGAAGAUCAGGUAACUAGUGAUGAAAGCUUCGAGUGUUCAAGUUGUGAAGCUAUUAAAGACCAAGAUUCAAAACGCUCAAACGACGAUCGAAGCUACAAUGGGUCAAGUUACGAAGCAAGUGAAGAACAAAGUUCGAGCGAGGACAACACAUCUGAAAGCUCACUCGAUUUAGACAGUGAUGAAGAACAUUCCGAAGAUGAAAGCAGAAAUAAACUCCAGAAAUGGCUUCGAAUGCUCAUGGAAUACAUCUGGCACGUCGACAGCGGAUGUUCAAGACACAUGACUGGGUUGAAGGAACUGUUGAAGAACUUCCGCUUUAUUGAUGGUGAUUUUGUGUCUUUCGCUGGCGACGAAAAGGGAGGAAAGAUUGUUGGAGUAGGAGAUGUGGUGUCCGAAGCCCUCACACUGGAGAAUGUCAACUAUGUUCCUGAGCUGUGCUAUAAUCUCAUGAGUGUUUCUCAAGUCUGCGAUAAAGGAAUCUCGGUGCUUUUCAAUGACGUGGAAUGCUUGUUCCUGAAGCCCGGUUAUGAUGUUCCUGCAUAA